UCUCACAUGACAUCCGCUUCCCGUGUUUCUCCUGGACAGAUUCAGCUCAAUUUCUCUGGGUCUGUUUUCCAACCCUACAGAAGUAUAUACUUUUAGUUAAAGACUCUUCAAGUCAUAUUUUACGACUGCAUGUGAAAAGACACGCCAGGGAGAAGGGGAAUGUGCGGCUGUCGAACUCGCUUGAAUUAUACCGUAGUUAAACGCUGUUUAUGUAGGAGAGAGGCGACAUGAUAGCUGUGGGAAACGUUCAAAUUUAACUCGGAUAUGAUACAUAUUUUUUAUUUUCUGUAAGCCGAAGUGAGGACGGGACUUAAACACAUCACAGACUUCGUUCUUUUUCUUCUACAAGGAGCGUUUGAUUUAUGCAGCUGUGACGUCCUCCAAUGAUCUGAAGCAGAGCAGGCAGAGUUUGUCUCUGAGGGAACAUGCCGUCCAACAAGUCGGUGUCUGACGCUCCCAUCACUCAGUUUGUCAACUGCAGAAUACUCAGACAGCACCAACUGCAGAGAGAGGACCUAUGGGUGCGUGACGGGAGGAUUUUAGACCCGGAGAAGUUGUUCUUUGACGAGCAGGGAUACGCCGAUGAACGUGUGGACUGUGAAGGCAGCAUCAUCGCCCCAGGGUUUAUAGAUGUCCAAAUAAAUGGAGGAUACGGCAUCGACUUCUCCCAGGCCUCAGAGGACGUCAGCAGUGGAGUUUCUUUGGUGGCCAAGAAGAUCCUGGAGCAUGGUGUGACGUCUUUCUGUCCCACUCUGGUUACCUCUCCCCCUGCUGUGUACCACAAGGUUCUGCCUCAAGUCAAAGUUCACAAUGGAGGAAAACAUGGAGCAGGAGUUCUUGGUUUCCACCUCGAGGGCCCAUUCAUCAGUGUCGAGAAAAAAGGUGCCCACCCAGAGCAGUUUCUCCGCACCUUCCACUCAGAUGGACCCCAGGACCUGAUCGAGGCCUACGGCAGCCUGGACAAUGUUGCCAUGGUUACACUAGCUCCCGAGCUAGCCAAUAGCCAAUCAGUGGUGAGGGAGCUCUCCCAGAGGGGGAUCACUGUGUCAUUAGGUCACUCUGUGGCCAACCUGUCCCAGGCUGAGGAGGCUGUUCAGCACGGGGCAUCCUUCAUCACUCACCUCUUUAACGCCAUGCUGCCUUUCCACCAUCGUGACCCCGGCAUUGUUGGUCUGCUGACCAGUGAUCGGGUUCCUGCAGGCAGGACGGUCUACUAUGGAAUGAUAGCUGAUGGGAUCCACACUAAUCCUGCUGCACUACGCAUCGCUCACAGAGCUCACCCUGCAGGUUUGGUGUUGGUGACAGAUGCAAUCACAGCGAUGGGUCUUCCUCCCGGUCGACACACUCUUGGCCAGCAGGUCAUAGAGAUCCAGGGUCUGCAUGCUUAUGUCGCAGGAACAAAAACGCUCAGUGGCAGCAUAGCCACCAUGGAUAUGUGCAUACGCCACUUUAAACAGGCUUCAGGCUGCAGUGUAGAGGAAGCUCUGGAAGCUGCCUCUCUCCAUCCAGCUCAGCUUUUGGGAAUCAGCAACAAAAAGGGAAACCUGGACUACGGUUCAGAUGCAGAUCUCGUGCUGCUCGAUGAUGCCCUCAAUGUCAAAGCCACCUAUAUUUCUGGAGAGGAGGUUUGGAGAAAUGGGCCUUAGAGGAGGAAGAGGAAACCCGCAGAAGGAAAUGUUUCUUCCAGCUGGGACUCUUGAUGCCUUUGGGGGACAGUGUUCACUUUAGAACACCCAAUCUGUUGAACAUUUUCAUUCAGCAAACUCAAGUCCCCCUUUAUGCCACACAAAACACAUAAAUUAAGACCAAAGUAUGGGAUCGGUCUGUAUGUCAGUCAGUCUGUCCAACACUUCACCAAAAACUGUUGGACAGAGCCAGUUUUUCUGUUUUCUUUAGAAAUAAUAUCUUUUUAUGAUAAUUUUAAAUCAAAAGUCAGUGGCUAAUUCAAACUUUGACUCAACAUCUAUCUGUUUGUACACUGAAGAGUUUUUAUACUGAAUUAAAAGUGAUUUUAUGAACGAGUUUGCUCAGUAAGAGGCUGUUUUUAUAAGCUGGUAUCUAAAUGCUUUUCAUUUAGGUUUAUAAUUACAUUUUAAAGAAACCUUUUGAAAUACAACUCAAUAAAAAUCUGAAUGUAA